ACCUGGCGCGACGCCCGACCUGGCCCGCGAUGUCGCUGACGGAGCCCAUCACCGCGGCGGCCCUGGAGGCCUCGCCGGCACCGGACGGCGAGGCGAGUUUGCUCUCGGAGCACAGCGCCGACAUCGCGCGCUUCCACGCGGCGGUGGCGCAGAACCGGCGCCUGCUGGGGGAUCGGCCAGGGACAGGGACAGGGACGGCAGGGCCCGGCGCCACGGCGCGCCCCAGCGCCAGCGCCGCGGAGUUUGCUGCGCCAGCGGAGCCGGUGACCCGCGGGCGACCGCCGAGCCCACCGAAGAGGCAGCCCUGGGAGGUGCCACGCAGCAGAUCUGCAGAUGCACCGGGACGUGGCUGGUGUCAAGAGUUCCCUUGGGGUGCCAGUGAUACCAGAACGCUGAUCCGCGAGGACCGGCGCCGAUAUCUGGAGCUCCAGCGGCGGAAGCUGAAGGACGAGCUGCAGGGCUUGGCCAAGGCAGAGCUGGUGGAGAAAAUUCUGCACUGGUGUUCCACCCUGGGAAUUUGGAACCUCAACGACCUGGAACAUGCGAUGCAGCGCCGCGUGGAUGCGACGCGGCCGAGGCCGCGGGACGAAUGCGCGCGCUGCGGCACCAAACAUCUCAAGGAUGGGAACUUCUGCCGCCGCUGCGGACAACGCAGACAGACCACGUUGAGCUGCGUGAAGUGUGCAGCGGCGAAGGCGAAGGAACAACGAGAGGUAGCCGAAAUAGCCCUGAGCAGAGUGAGACUGGAGGAAUUCGAGGCAUUGUAAGCGCACCCAAAGCGGUGCGAACUGCAUCAGGGCUGAACAAUGAUGGUGAUGCAGUGGGUCAUUUCACCUGAAAAUUAC